CUCGCCCCGCCCCAGCAGACAGUCUCGCUAACACAUGCGCCCACUCGCCCAUCCCACUCUCUCUCAAUAGACUUUUUCUCUCUGCAUUGGGGAAAAAAAAAAAAAAUCGGACGCCAUGAGUAGCUCUUCUCCUUCUUCCCGUAAGGGUUUGAGCAAGAUCGCAUGCAACCGCCUACAGAAGGAGCUGGUGGAGUGGCAGGUGAAUCCCCCGGCUGGAUUUAAGCACAAAGUUACUGAUAAUUUACAAAGGUGGAUAAUUGAAGUCAACGGUGCACCGGGAACGCUUUAUGCUAAUGAGACUUAUCAGCUUCAGGUUGAUUUCCCCGAGCAUUACCCUAUGGAAGCCCCUCAGGUUAUUUUUCUUUCUCCGGCUCCACUGCACCCUCAUAUUUAUAGCAACGGACAUAUCUGUUUAGACAUUUUGUAUGACUCCUGGUCCCCAGCAAUGACUGUCAGUUCGAUUUGCAUCAGCAUUCUUUCCAUGUUAUCCAGCUCUACUGUAAAGCAACGCCCAGCGGAUAAUGAUCGCUAUGUGAAGAAUUGUAGAAAUGGCAGAUCUCCAAAGGAGACACGAUGGUGGUUCCAUGAUGAUAAAGUGUAAUGACCCAUUGUUACUGAUUGCUGUUAAGACCUCUAACACUACCUUAUCCAUGUUUGGGUCCAAAAAGUUCACGUUUCUUUCCUGGUCGAUGGAUUAGGAAGGUCGAGGACUUUCUAAAACUUUUAGAAAAGGAACCCUGUAUUGGAAUGCCCUAGUUGGCUUCCGGGCUUUGUUAAGUCUAAGCAAAUAUAUAAAAGCUGCUGUAAGGUGGCGAUCUUUGGUGUA